AAGGGCUGGAAAUACAAAGAACCAAUUAAUUAGAUUUAAGGCCUAAUAUUAUAUACAUCACCAAUAAUAAAAAAGAAGAAUCCAGAUUCUAUCUCUCUGUCUCUCUUUCUUUCUUUCCCAUCUUUUUUUUUUCCGGAUAAGCAGCAGCCACCCCUUUGAUUUUCUUUCUCAUAGGAAGACAGUCAUGGCUAGAAGCUCUCAAGACAUGUCCUCUAAGAGGCAUUUUCACUGGACAAACAAGGUUGGAACUGAAGAUGGUGAAAUUCCCACUUCAGAAUCGUUCUCAACACUCAUCCAAGAGGAGAAAAAAGAGGACAACAAGGUUGCUGCUCAUGAGGCUCCAGCACAUGCAACAAGGAGGAAGCUUCAGGCAGUGACAAUCUCAAGGCUUCGUUCUGUUCUGACUGUGUUUGGCAAGAACCGAAUGAACACACCAUUUGGCCUUGGUUCUCGUGUAGUUGGCACCCUCUUUGGAUAUAGACGUGGGCAUGUACAUUUUGCAUUUCAAAAGGAUCCCACUUCUCAGCCAGCUUUACUGAUUGAGCUUGCAACUCCAAUCAGUGGUUUGGUUCGUGAAAUGGCAUCUGGGUUGGUUAGAAUUGCUUUGGAAUGUAAUAAGGAGAAAGAAGCACAGAAGAAAGGCGUGAGGUUGCUGGAAGAGCAUCUGUGGAGGACAUAUUGCAAUGGCAAGAAGUGUGGUUUUGCUACAAGAAGAGAGUGUGGGCCAAAGGAAUGGGAUAUCCUCAAAGCAGUGGAACCAAUUUCAAUGGGUGCAGGUGUUUUGCCAGGAAAUAAUAAUGGAGCUGAAGCAGGUUCAGAGGGUGAACUCAUGUAUAUGAGGGCUAAGUUUGAGAGAAUUGUUGGGUCUAGAGACUCUGAAGCUUUCUACAUGAUGAAUCCUGAUAGCAAUGGUGCCCCCGAGCUCAGUGUUUAUUUGCUUAGAGUCUAGCACCCUUGCAAGCUCUGUUUAUGAUGCUUAGUUCCCCCUUUUUCCUCUUUGUUCUUUGUAGAUUUCGAGCAGUGAGUUAUUGGUAUACUACUUGCUUGGUUCUUCAAUCAUGAAAAUGGAGAUCUAAUCUUCUCCAUGUUUUUCAACUUUUUUAUUUUUUAUUUUUUUUUUUAAAAUUUGCUUUUUCCUUCCUGGAGGUGUAAGAUGUGGGUUUACUGUUUUUUUGUUGGAAUAAGCUAGCAGCUGAAGUCAGAAAGGGGGGAAAUAAUGGGUAACCAAUACUUUACAGCAUUUUGGUGGAGACAUGGGUCAUGAAAGGUGUAUAUGUAUAGUUUUACUUUCCAAUCUUUUAAUUAAUGAUGAGGGACGGAGG